UGACGUCACAGCAGGAGGAGAGCCGAAGUGAGUUGGGCCACAUUUCUGCAUCCUAGUGAUGAUGGCGUCCCAACACCCAUGAUCAAGCAGAAAAAGAAGAGGAAGAAAGAAAGAAAGCGAGGCCCUUUUCAGCUCGAAAUGAGUUCGGACUUCAAUUCAUUCGUCUUUUGUUGUUAAUAUGUCUGGAUCAUUCACUUUGUAUUGGAGGUUCGGGUAAGGUGCAGGUGCCUCCAUCCAUCCGUCCAUCCAGCGCAGUGGAGGGGACGGGCCGGGCCGAUGGCUGCUGGGGGAGGUGGAGGAGGAUGCGGGGAGUCGGUGGAUCAUUACCGGGCGGAGGUGGAGCGGCUGACGCGCGAGCUCGCGGAGGCGAACCGGGAGAAGGUCCGGGCGGCGGAGUGCGGGCUGGUGGUCCUGGAGGAGAACCAGACCCUCAAGCAGCAGUAUGCGGAGCUCGAGGCCGAUCAGGAGACCCUCAGACAGGAGCUGGAGCAGCUGCAGGAGGCCUUCAGCCAGGCGUACACCACCCAAAGGAAGGUGGCUGAAGAUGGGGAGAACAACGAGGAGACGCUGCUACAGGAGUCGGCCACUAAGGAAGCGUACUACAUGGGCCGCCUGUUGGAGCAGCAGGCCAAGCUGAAGAGCAGCAGAUCGCAGGCCUCCUGCACGCAGGCCGAGAACGAGAGACUCAGCACCAUCCUACUGGAGCUGAGAGAGAGUAAUGAGAUGUUGGAGUUGCAGAGAAGCCGGAUGAGAGAGGAAAUCAGGGAGUAUAAAUUCAGAGAGGCCAGAUUACUGCAAGACUACACCGAAUUGGAAGAGGAGAACAUCUCACUGCAGAAACUGGUGUCCACGCUCAAGCAGAACCAGGUGGAGUAUGAAGGCUUGAAGCAUGAAAUCAAAGUUCUGGAGGAGGAAACAGCCUUGCUUAACAGCCAAUUAGAAGAUGCACUGUGCCUGAAGGACAUCUCCGAGAGCCAAUUGGAAGAGGCUUUGGAUUCUCUGAAAAGCGAGCGAGAACAGAAGAACACUUUGCGCAAGGAAUUAGCACAUCAUCUAACUGUGUGUGAUGGGGGUUUCAGCGCAGGCUGUGCCCAUCUGAUCGCCCUGACCUCAGCGCCACCUAGUGGCAGUGCCACCCCAACAGCCGCUACAUCGCCCAGCAGCGAGGACGGUGGCAAGUGCAAUGGGCAUCUGCUUCAGGGUGCGACGGGUUCAGUUUUGAGCCGACUGAACGGAGACUUCAGGCCAUUGGGUUUGAGAAAGACUGAAAUUUUGACCCCUGACCUCUUUAGUGAGCUCAGUGGCCCUGAAAUCUUGAAACUAAGACAACAGCUUCAGCAGGUGGAACGUGAAAAAGCAUCUUUGCUCAACAGCUUGCAGGAAUCACAGGCUUUGCUCCGUCACACACAGGGGGCGCUGACGGAGCAGCACGAGAAGGCCAAUCGCUUGGGCGAGCGAUUCCGGAAACUCCGCCGCCAGCACAGCAGUAAGGAAAACAAGGGGAAAGAGGAGGACGAAGAAGAGGAGGCAACAUGCGUCCCUGGUGGCCAGGAGGGGCCGAGUCUGGAAUUGCUGCAAUGUAAAUACAGGGUGGCUGUGACGGAGGUGGUAGGGCUGAAGGCGGAGCUUAAGGAGGUGAAGGAUAGAUAUAAUGAGUAUGUGGAGGCAAGAGCUUGGGUGGAGGAGCAGGGCAAGGUGCAGCUGCGAGCGCUGGAGACACAAGUAGCACAGCUGGAGCGCAGCUGCAGGGAAAGCCGGGACAAGGCGGUGAAUCUGGAACGCGAGCUGCGGGCAGCCAAUAACACAGGCUUGGAGACACAGGGAAUCCUGGGAACCGCCCAAGAAGAGCUGGCGACAUUCAGCGAGGAAUUAGCGCAACUUUACCACCACGUCUGCCUGUGCAACAAUGAGACACCCAACCGUGUUACGCUGGACUAUUACCGGCAGGGCCGGACCCCGACGCGCAUUUCCACCACUGGCCACAAGGGGCAGGACGACUACCGCGUGCUGUUGACCCCACGGCUCGCACGCCGUUUAGCGGCGAUUAACGCCGCAACGUCCACCGAGUCUCGUAGCCCGUCGAACUCACCAUCCAAAGAACCUCUCACUGCUGAGCAGAGCCCAGUCCGUACACCACUGGGUUCACCCGUCGUUAGUGCCUCUUCCUCGUCUUCAUCAUCAUCUCCAGCACCCGAGUCGGCCACGGGUUCCGACCUCCGCCGUGAACCCACCAACAUCCACCACCUCAACGCCAUCAUCCGUGACCAGAUCAAGCACUUGCAGAAGGCAGUGGACCACUCACUCCAGCUGUCCCGCCAGAGAGCGGCCGCCAGUGAACUCGCCCCACUGAUGGACAAGGACAAGGAGGCCUGCAUGGAGGAGAUUCUCAAGCUCAAGUCCCUCCUGAGCACAAAGAGGGAGCAGAUUGCAACCUUGCGCUUUGUGCUCAAAGCCAACAAGCAGACGGCUGAGGGGGCUCUGGCCAACCUGAAGAGUAAGUACGAGAACGAGAAGACAAUGGUGACGGAGACCAUGAUGAAGCUGAGGAAUGAGCUAAAGGCCUUGAAAGAGGAUGCGGCCACCUUCUCUUCCCUCAGAGCCAUGUUUGCCACACGGUGUGACGAGUAUGUGUCUCAGCUGGACGAGAUGCAAAGACAACUCGUGGCGGCGGAGGACGAGAAAAAGACGCUGAACUCUCUCCUCCGCAUGGCCAUCCAGCAAAAACUUGCCCUCACGCAGAAACUGGAAGACCUGGAGUUCGACCAAGAGCAGUCGCACCGGACCCGUGUGGGAAAAAUGUCCCGGCUGAGGAGCAGCACGCCCAAAGUAAGUGGAACACCAGUCCCGCCCCUUCCUGACACCCCUUUGACAAUUACCGAGGUCCUUACGGCAGCAGCCGCCAUCACCUCGCCCACCACACCCACCUUUACACCCACCAGCCUUAUCGGUUUUGUUUCAAUUAAUCAUGCAGCCCAAAUACUAGUUUCUCCUUUCUUUCUGUUUAGGUGUGACGAGUAUGUGUCUCAGCUGGACGAGAUGCAAAGACAACUCGUGGCGGCGGAGGACGAGAAAAAGACGCUGAACUCUCUCCUCCGCAUGGCCAUCCAGCAAAAACUUGCCCUCACGCAGAAACUGGAAGACCUGGAGUUCGACCAAGAGCAGUCGCACCGGACCCGUGUGGGAAAAAUGUCCCGGCUGAGGAGCAGCACGCCCAAAGUAAGUGGAACACCAGUCCCGCCCCUUCCUGACACCCCUUUGACAAUUACCGAGGUCCUUACGGCAGCAGCCGCCAUCACCUCGCCCACCACACCCACCUUUACACCCACCCACCUGUCCGCCCCCAAUAGCCCACCCUCCCUGGAGGCCCCGUCAUCUCCCGCAUCGUCUUCCUCGUCCUCCUUGAUGCCCCCAACCAUGCCGUACCGCCAUUGGACGAUGGGCGUUCGUGCAUAUGUCGUCGAACCACACACUUACACCAACCUACCUACUCAUAGCUCCAUCCUGGCCCGUCGCUAUGCAAGUGAGUCGCACUAUUCCCCAGGCUCCACCCCUUCCUUGCCCUACCGCUCACCCCUAUUGGCCAAUCGCCGCUCCAUGUGGAACUCAUCCCAAUCCCGCCCCCUUCCCAGCCACUUCCAGUAUUCUACAUCCCGCUACACACCCCCUUCGUCCACUUAUAGCCCUUUGUAUCCCAGAAACUACGGCUCCCAGAAUCCCCGCUACUGACGGGUGCCACAGAGAGGAGGACACACACUGGUUUCUGUGUUUUAAUGUUUGGGGGAGUGAUUUCAUUUUUUAACUCAGGGAUUUAAUGGAGCACAAGUGGCCUGGCCUUCUUCAAAAGAGACUGUUGAUCAGUUCUCAGGACACUUUGUUCUCUGUCCCGAUCUGAGGGCACAUGGACUGUUCAAGUACACGGAUGAGGGACUUUAAGACAGAUUCAACAGGAUGUAACGUUAACAGAAUGGCUUUUGUUGUGGGUUGUUGGUGUGUAUCAGUGUGAAUGUGUGAUUGUCACUUGAUUUGAACACAGAGUAAAUUAAGUGGUUGAUUUAUAACAACAAGAUUUUAUAUGAAAUGCCGAUUGCAGUAUCAGUAUCUGAGAAAGUUAGCUAUGUUUGGAAUAGAAUACUAGUGUACUGCAUCUAGUGUAGUAUAUAAUGCACACUUUAUACUGUUUUCAAAUAAUACAGAAAAAAUUACUUUACUGACAGUUUACUCACCCUCAGGUCAUCCAAGAUGUCU